GGACAAGCAACCUUCCGAUGGCGAUGAACAACAAUGACCCACGUAAUAUUGAUAUUCCGCUGGGUGGUAGUUCGAUUAACACUUCUGCUCCUCAGGAGUCGCCGAUGGAACAUCUAUUGCAACACGUGGAGAACCAACAGCAGCAGGAUAACCACCUGUACCAGCUGCAAAACCUUCAGAAUCCGCAAGGGCACCAGCUGCCACCGCCUCUGAACAUCUAUCCAGGAAGAAACACCCAUCCCCAUCCAAUUUGUCAUGCAAAACAUGCAUAAGCUGCAGCCUUUGUCAUGCAAAAAGGGAUGGGAGUGGGUGUUUUUCUUUUUUCCUGGAUAGCGUCGGUUUGUUUACCCCGAACUGCGGCUCCCCAAUGGAGCAGAUGUCCAUAUGGUGUUCUCAAGCGUUACAUUCUCAACUGUUGCGUGAAUCUGUAAUGCAAGAAUGGCAAAAGCCAAAGGGGGAAGAUUGCAAAAAUUGCAUUACAAAUGCCACGCAGAUUUAGGUGGUGUCUAGCCCUUCGCAAAUUUGUCAUGCGAAGCAGCUUGAUCUUGUUGAUGAUGAUGGUAGUUUUGCAUGACAAACUCAUGUAACAGUUGAGAAUGUAACGUCUGAGAGCUCCAUAGUCCAUUGCCGGCUCGCCCUUAGCUGCGGCGGCUGCCAUGGGAGGCGCCUACCAAUUCCAAACAAACGCGAUCUGUAUCGCUCCGGUUGGAGGUAGUAGGUCCAUUGGGGGCAACACGAACGCCAUGAAUCUUCCCGACAGUAGUAGUUGCAGCAAUCUUGUUGGUCCGGCGAAUGAUGUGGCCGCAGGGGCUUUGUCUGGUCGUGCUGUCUGCACGGCCAGUCCGCAUGGUUGUAUGGCUCCCGCCUCACUGCAGCGACAGGUGAUGUUUGACCACUCGUCGGACAAUUUUCGAGAUGCCGGAGGAGCUGGAGCUCCUUCCACUGCUGACUUCGGUACAACAUUUAACCGUAGCAAUUGCCCGGUUGCAGAACUCGAUUUGGCCGCACGCGAAGCAUAUGAUGCCGCCAACAGGCUGUUGGAGAUGGACUCGUCCUCGGGAGGCGAAAAAGGGCAGGUACAGGUUCGCUAUAAUGAUGAACUCGCUUGUUACAAGAACAUUCGUUUUCACUUGUAAGGUAUGAACGGUUAAGUACUACGUAGAUAUGCAAAGAAGCUACAAAACCAAAACAGUACGACACCCAUGGGGAUCCCUGGUCUAAGCGCUCGGAGCACGAUAU